UUUAAAUAAUCUUAUAAUACAUGUUAUAUUAAAAAUCGGAUUAAUCUUUUAAUCAAUUUAUCCUGUCAACGAUCAAGGACUAUAUGGUCAUAACUGACACGGUAGAUGUAUUUAAUAAGGGUGCAAUAGAUUUGAUACAGAGAUUAAUAGCAACCUUUUGAACGGGACACACAAAUAAACGCUUAAAGGUUAAGGGCACAAAAAUCACCGCUUAGUUCUUUUUAAUUUAUUUAAAUAAAUAAUUUAAAAUAAUCAGUGACCUAUGUCAAAUUUAUGGAAGGAACAAAUUUGAAUCGGCUACGUGAUUGAUCAUUCAGUUCUAUUCUGGAAAACAAACAAUACGGAUUUAAGUUUUUUGUUUAUUUUGUUGUUUUGAAAAAAUAAAGUACAAUAAAUAUGGAGUCUUUGGGUCUGACAGAAGAGCAGAUUGAAGAAUUCAGAGAAGCAUUCAGUCUGUUUGACAAGGAUGGUGACGGCACGAUGACAACUAAAGAACUAGGGACAGUAAUGAGAUCCUUUGGCUUAGAUCCUUCACAAAAAGAACUUAUUGAAAUGGUUGCUGAAGUCGAUGUCGACGGGAAUGGUGAAAUAGAUUUCGAAGAGUUUCUAAUGAUGAUGGCUAAAAAGAUGAAUGACGUUGAUCAUGAAGCUGAAAUUAAAGAAGCAUUUGAAAUCUUUGACAGAGAAAAUUCCGGCUUUGUUACUCAUGCUGAUCUUAAGCAUGCUAUGUAUCAACUGGGUGAAAAGCUGACAGAUGAAGAAGUUAGUGAAAUGCUGAAAGAAGCUGAAACGGAGAAGCCAGGGAAAAUGACAUGGGAUGCUAAAAGUGUGACUGUGGAAGAGCAUAUUUCGGAGGAAAUGAUUGAAGAGUUUCGCGAGGCCUUUACGCUGUUUGACAAAGAUGGGGAUGGUGAAAUUGAUAUCGGCCAGCUAGUGGAAACAUUGAAGAGCUUGGGUCAAAACCCUUCACAGAGGGAAAUCGAUGAACUUGUCCGAGAGUUUGAUGCAAAUGGGGAUGGUGUAAUAGACUUUGACGAGUUUAAGGUUUUAAUGUACAAAAAGAUGAAGAACACAGAAGAUACGGACGAUAUCAGAGAUAUUUUUCAAUGUUUAGACAUUCGCAAACAUGGUUAUUUUACUGCAAAAGACUUGCAUUCAGUUACUGUAAGGCUAGGAGAAACAUUUACGAUGGAUGAGGCAGAAGAACUAGUCAAUGGUACUGUCACCGAAGAACCCGGAAAAAUCAAUUAUGAUGAAUUAUACUAUCGGCUGAUGUGUAUGACAGAACAGACUGCUGUUAAAGACUGCAGUCCGAAUAAUCAUGGACUUAAAGACAAGGAAGUGCAAGAGUUUAAAGAGGCAUUUGCACUGUUUGACAAAGAUGCAAGUGGUACAAUAUCAACGGAAGAACUGGGUACGGUAAUGCGGUCACUGGGACAGAACCCAACAGACACUGAACUCAGAGACAUGAUAAACGAAGUGGAUAUCGAUGGAAAUGGUGAAAUAGACUUUGGCGAGUUUUUAGAAAUGAUGGCUAAAAGAUGUCAUGAUCAUCCUGACCCGCAAAGGGAACUCAGAGAAGCUUUUAAUGUAUUUGACAAAGACGGGGAUGGCUUUAUAAGUGCAGAAGAGCUCCGAGUGGUGAUGACUAACUUGGGAGAAAAACUCACAAAGAAAGAAGUCGAUGAAAUGCUCAGGGAGGCUGAUAUUAAUGGCGAUGGAAAAAUAGACUAUGACGAAUUUGUCCAGAUGAUGAACUAAUAGUUCCUGAGUUUGAAGCUGAACAUUGGAACACUGCUGACAUAUAAACAAUGAACAAAUUUGGUGAAAAUAAGUUACAGUUAAUUUCAAUUAUUACUGCAUUUUAUGACUUUAGCUUUUGAAAGUAUUAUAUACAUGAUAUGUUAGAGAUUUUAACUUUUACUUUGACCUCACAAACAUCUUAAUUUCCAAAGCGUUAUUAUUUCACAUUACUUUUAUGGAAACUAUCUUACUGCAAACUGAGUGUAGUGUCUUACAACUGGGUCUCAAUUACUAUGCAUUACGUAUGCCAUUUAGUAUAUAAUUAUUCAUGAUUGUAUGUGUCAAUAAGCUGUAAUGUGCGUAAAAUUAAUAAAUGUAUGUUCUGUUCUGUAA